AUGAGUGGUGAAGAUUCGAUGAAACAGAGUUCUGAUCCUAGAUUCUCUGGAAUUUAUUCUGAUCCAAAGUUUAAGAAUUCAAAGAGAAAGAACAUUAAGAUUAAAUUAGAUGAUCGUUUUGACAAAUCAGAUUUGCAAAUUAAGCAUAAGUCUAAGGUUGACAAAUACGGUAGAAAGUUGAAAGAUGUUAAGGAUAACAAAGAACUAGAAGAUUUUGAUAAAUAUUUCGAAAAAGAAGAUGAAGAAGACAAAGAAGAAGAAAUUGGCACUGAAGCUAAGGUUAAAGUUCUUGAUAGAGCUCGUGGUGAAGUUCCAAGUGAUUACGAGAGUUCUUCUGAAGAGUUUACUUCAUCUGAUUCUGAAUCAUCCGGUGAAAGUGAAGUUGAUAGUGAUGAAGAAUCAGAAGAUGAAGUUGAGACUUCAAAACCAGAAUCUGGUGAUUCUUCAAAGACUUUAGCUGUUGUCAAUCUUGAUUGGGAUUAUGUCAAGUCUCAAGAUUUGAUGAUUACUUUCUCCAGUUUUCUUCCAAAAGGUGGUAAAAUUGAAAAGAUUUGUAUUUAUCCAAGUGAAUUUGGUAAAGAAAGAAUGGCAAGAGAGGAAGUUGAAGGUCCUCCAAGAGAACUAUUCAAUAAAAAGAAAAAUAAGAAGUCUUCAAAAAAAAGUUCUAAAGAUGACGAUGAAGAUGACGAAAGUGAUUCUGAUGUCGAUAUUAGGGAAUUAUAUGAAGAAGGUGAUGCUGAAAAGGACGUUGAUUCUAAAGCUUUGCGUCAAUAUCAAUUAGAAAGAUUAAGAUAUUAUUACGCCGUUGUUUAUUGUAAUAAUAUAGCAUCUGCGGAGUCUAUUUAUGAAAACUGUGAUGGUACAGAAUACGAAUCAUCUGCCAAUAUUUUUGAUUUAAGGUAUGUGCCAGAUGGUACAGAAUUUGACGACGAACCAAGAGAUGAAUGUCUUCAGUUACCUAAGAAUUAUAAAGUCAGACAGUUUACCACUGAUGCAUUGCAACACUCUAACGUAAAAUUGACAUGGGAUGAAACUCCUGCUGAUAGAGUCGAAAUUGCUAAAAGAGCAUUUACUCAAAAGGAAAUUGAAGAAAUGGAUUUCAAAGCAUACUUAGCUUCUGAUAGUGAUGAGUCAGAAGAAGAACCAAAUGAUGACGUUAAAAAUAAAUUAAAAUCUCUAGUUAGUCAAUCCACCACAAUUGGUGAUAAAUCUAUCUUUGAUGACAAAGGUGAUAAUAAUGAAGAAGAUGAUGUUGAUAUGGAAAUUACAUUUACUCCAGGUUUAGGUGAAGGAGGAGAAGAUGGUGAUGAAGAUAAAGAUAAUGAAGAAACAACAAUCGAAAAAGUAAGGCGUAAGGAAAAAGAACGUCGUAAGGCUAGAAAAGAUAAAUUAAAGCAAUUAAAACAACAGUCAGAAAAUGAGAAGAAAGAAAAGUUGAAGGAACUUAAAAAGGAGAGAAAUGGUAAUGGGAAAAACACUAAUGUUGACGCCAAGGCAAAAGCUGAAUUAGAAUUAUUGAUGAUGGAUGAUGAAACUGAAUCUACCAGUACUUUGAACAAGAAAGCACACUUUAAUAUGAAUGAAAUUGUUAGAUCUGAAAAGGAAAAAGGUAAAAAAUCCAAAUAUCAAGAUAAGAAUAAAAUUGUUGAAGAUGAUUUUAAACCAGAUUUGAAUGAUCCUAGAUUCAAAGAAAUUUUUGAAGAUCAUGAUUUUGCAAUUGAUCCAACACAAUCUGAAUUCAAAGAAACCACUGCAAUGAAGGAGAUACUGAAGGAACGUUCAAGACGUUCUAACAAGAAUAAAUCGAACAAUAAAAGAAAACAUCUAUCGUCUAACGACAACAAUCAAAAGAAAAAUAUUUCAAAUUUAGUCGACAAGAUUAAAAGAAAGGAAAAAAAAAUGAAGCAUAAAUAA